CCUUAGCCAGACAUAUUCAUAAUAAGCCAGACAGACAAAAUAGUACAGUUUUGUUUCUUUAUCUAACUUCAUCCAUAGAAGAUUUACAACGGCUUGGUUAUCCAACAGAAAAUAUAAAGAAACCAUCCUUAGGUAGAAUAUACAAUAUAUCGUCAUCAUCUACAGGAGAAUGGACAGAUUCAGUAACAACUACAAUGGAUGGAAAUUCAAUUUUACAAAAAAUAUUGCGUGACACGAUUAAGUCUAUUAAAUCAAACAAUCGAAAUUUUUUUCCUACUCAACUAUCCAUAUUAGACUUUCAGGUGGAAAGUCAUUGCGAUGUUAUACCAGAAAUUAAUUUGACUUUUGCUCAAAAUGAGAAUGGAAUUCAACUUUACGUUGGAAAACAUUUGGAUCCAUCUAUUCUUCGAUCCCUAGACAAACCUUUGAAAAAUUUCAUUGAAGUUCUUGUUAACCUUGCUCAAGUUUUUGGACUUUUGCGUGAUCAGAUUAACAUAUUUUACGAUAAUGAUUCAACAUCUGUUGCAUUUAAUCGUAACAGCGCUUUAUUCUUUAGCUUGAGGUACUACCUCGAUUUUAAUGACUCUGAAGAUUUCGUAAUUACAAGUGACAUCCUGACCUCUUGGUUCAUGGUAAUGUGUCAUGAAUUGUCACAUAGUAUUAUUAAAGUACACGGUGAAGAACACGAGUAUUAUACACAAGCAUUCAUGAAAUCAUUUAUGCCGAAUUUAAUGAACAAAAUUAUUGAAAUCAAGUCUCAAACAAAAUCGAUUGGAUUACUACGAAAGC